GUUUCUCAAAACGCGCUUCUGUAAGCAAAUUAUUUACGUCGCAUUAACUUAAAUUGAAACCGAAAACCGAAAUGGCUCAAGGCAAGCUAAAAGUAAAAAGCAAGCUGCCAGCGGGUGCGAAAAACAAGAAAGCGAAAGGCAGAGCCGUGACCAAGCGUCCUAACGCUCCAGUUAAAAGCAAGGCGGCGGCUCUGGAGAGGAACAAAAUGAAGGCGAAUGUUACGAAGAUGGUGAACGCCGUGGCCGAGAAACAGUUGCGGUCGUUGGCUACGGACACGCCGCAGCUGUCGGCGGCCCAGCAGCGGGCAGCUGCAGCACCCACGGCCCCGGUGCCUGCGAAGUAAUAGCAAGUGAUUUUACGUUAUUAUAUCCUAGAUACAAAAAUGAGUAAAAA